CCGAUGCUAUGCAAAUGUGCCCUACAGGUGGUAUACUGAGCUCUACGCUAGGUAGUUCGGCCCUCCGGAACAAUCAAUCCUCUUGCACACCCCAGGUAUUUAGGUCUCUUCAAGUAGGUAGGCGACCGGUAGCUUUGAGAGCCAGUCUCCUAGCCUGCAUCCACUUCAGUCAUCGCUCGUCCAAAAGCCAAGAUGCCUUUGCUCUCCAAGCCCGUCAACGCGCUCGUUGUUCUUCUGUCGGCCCUCGGCGUCGUCAAUGCUGCUCCUGUCCCUACUCCGAACGAGGCAGUACCGGUUCCCAACCCCAAGGAUAUCCCAGAAGGCGUCCACUACUGGCCAAUCGACGAUGCCGAGGCAGACCGCCUGUCCAAGCUGUUGAACAUUGACUUCCGCUCCCUCAACAUCCUGGGCACCUUUGUCAAGGCUCCGAAGGCAACAUGCGAGGGCUGUGGUAAGCGAAGUGGUCUUGAGGACUUCGUUGACAACGUAAGUCAGCCCGUCAUGAGAUCGAUAUGGGUAUCUAAGGCGGCAUGUAGGCACUCAAGGCCAACAUUCACACUCGAGAAUGGAUGGUCGACGUGCUCAAGAAAGGUGGCCACAACGCCAGUCCAGCGCACGAUCUCCAGUGCGCCAACUGCGAGACCAAGUUUGAGCGUAGGGAUCUAGAGGACGUAGCGAAGCGUGAUGAUCCAGGCUUCCAGUGGGCAUCAAACUUCAACUGGAUCUUCG